UUACUCUUGUUUUCUCUCCCAGCUAACAUGAUCCUGACCCAAAUAGUAAAUGACCCUGCAGCUGAGCUGGAUUAACAGUAUUACUACUCUACUGUUAAAUAAACCCAUUUACUUCCAUCGCUAUUGGCCAGCCCUCAAACAUGCAGGAAGACAAAGUGACACCCAUUUCUUGCCUGUGCGGAGGUGUGGCACAGGAGAUCGAGCUGAAGCAAUCCACCGACCAUUCGGCACUCAAUUUCUGUCAUUGCACGGCCUGUCGCACGGUCACCGGAAUGCUGUGCUCGACCUACUACCUCCUGCAGGCUAAGCCAGAGAGCCUUGACAGCCUCCAGGAGUACCAGGAAGCUGAUUGCAUAAGCCGCUAUUUCUGUAAAACCUGUGGCGCUCAUGCCUUUGCCCAUUCGAAACACACAGGGCAAUUCUUUGUUGCAGCCGGACCGCUGGCGGGGAGACUACCCCCAACCACAUCUAUACGGCAUUGGCGGGCUGCCGAGACGCGUGAUGGUGGCCUGACACCCUUUCUCUCUGGACAGCCAGAAGAACCGGCUCCAGCAUGUUGGCUACGCACGGUUUCCAGCAACCAACCAAGCCAGCCCGAGGCCGGACUCGAGCUGUCGUCCCGGAAUCCGGACGAGCUACUUGCCCGUUGUCAUUGUGGGGGUGUUGAAUUUUAUAUCACGCGGCCCGAUUCUUCAUCCACCAAGCCGACUUCCCCGUGGUCCGAUCUGCUUGCACCGUAUCAUUCACAGUCCUCAAGCAAUCCCCAAGACGUGAAGUGGUGGCUGCAGGAUGAGAAUACUAAGUAUCUGGCGGGUACCUGCGCCUGUCCUUCGUGUCGCCUAGCCAGUGGUUUCCCUAUUCAGCCGUGGGCGUUUAUUCCUCUAUCGAAUAUUUACAAUAAGGACAAGGUGCCGCUGGCAUUUGGCGCCGGCACGAUGCGACAGUACAAGAGUUCCCCAGGUGUCUACCGCGAGUUCUGCAGCCGCUGCGGCGCAUCCCUCUUCUGGCAUGACGACGAAAGACCACUGCUGAUAGAUGUGAGUGUUGGCCUACUUCGAGCAGAAGAGGGUGCUAGGGCCAGUGGGUGGUUGAAAUGGGCCACACAGAGAGUAAGUUUUGCGGAGAUGGCAGCAGAUAAGGCGUUGAUCAAACACCUGCAAAAUGGACUGAAGGAAUUUGGGGACAGAGCUUGAAUGCAGAGCCGUUUGAUUUAUGCUU